GACGUCACGGGACCAGCUGUCAAUCAAAGAGCCUAAGCUGCAGUUGUUGCUGAAGAGCCAAGGAAUCCGACAGUGUACCUGAGGGAACAUGGCGACAGCUACAGCAGAGGCAGAGAUGCGUCAGAGGUUGCUGCGCACAGUCAAGAAGGAGGUGAAGCAGAUCAUGGAGGAAGCGGUGACCAGAAAGUUUGUUCAUGAGGACAGCAGCCACAUCAUCUCCUUCUGUGCUGCUGUGGAAGCCUGUGUAUUGCACGGACUCAAGCGAAGGGCGGCCGGCUUCCUCCGGAGUAACAAAAUAGCCGCCUUGUUCAUGAAAGUGGCAAAGACCUUUUCUUUGGCCGAGGAGCUGUGCAGGAAGGUGCAAGAGCUGGAACAGCUGAUUGAGAGCAGGAGGAGCCAAGGGGCAGCGCCCCAAGAGCUUGUUCGCAAACCUCAGAAGGUGCCUCACCUGUCCGCUCGGGCUGUCAAACAUCUAUGGAUCCGCACUGCCCUCUUCGAGAACGUUCUGGACAAAAUUGUGCAGCACCUAGUGGAGAACAGUAGCAAAUACUACGAAAAGGAGGCUCUUCUGAUGGACCCUGUGGAUGGGCCAAUAUUGGGCUCGCUGUUAGUUGGGCCCUGUGCCCUGGAGUACACGAAGAUGAAGACAGCCGAUCAUUUCUGGACGGAUCCUUCGGCGGAUGAGUUGGUCCAGAGGCAUCGCAUCCACAGUGCCCACUGUCGUCAGGACUCGCCCACCAAGCGGCCGGCCCUUUGUAUUCAGAAGCGACACUCUAGUGGUAGCAUGGACGACCGGCUCACACUUUCUGCCCGUGACUAUGUUGAGUCUCUGCACCAGAACUCUCGGGCGACGCUACUGUACGGCAAAAAUAAUGUCCUGGUUCAGCCGAAAGACGAUAUGGAACCUAUCCUGGGAUACCUUUCACUUCAUCAAACUGGAGACACCAUGACAUUAAAAUGGACACCCAACCAGCUGAUGAAUGGCUCUGUGGGGGACUUGGAUUAUGAGAGGAGUAUAUACUGGGACUAUGCCAUGACCAUUCGUCUGGAGGAAAUUGUCUACCUACAUUGUCAUCAACAGAUUGACAGUGGCGGGACAGUGGUCCUGGUGAGUCAGGACGGGAUUCAGAGGCCCCCCCUCCGCUUUCCGAAGGGAGGACACCUGCUGGCUUUCCUGUCGUGUCUGGAGAACGGCCUUCUGCCUCGUGGACAGCUGGACCCCCCAUUGUGGUCGCAGAGAGGGAAGGGCAAGGUUUUCCCAAAGCUACGGAAGCGAAGUCCACCUGGAUCGGCAGAAUCUAGCUCUGACAAAGAGGAGGAAGAGGCAACUGACUACGUUUUCAGAAUAAUCUUCCCGGGAACUAACUCCGAGUUUGUUCCCCAGGAUCUGAUGGACGUCCAGGGGGGUGGAAUCCCGCUCAUGUGGCAGCCAAGCACACGCAAGUCCUCCUGCUCCUCCUGCUCGCAGAGUGGCUCGUCUGACGGAGGGCCUUCCAAUGGAUGCAACCACGACAGGGCACCACUCAAGAUGCUGUGUGACAACAUGAAGUACCAGAUCCUUUCCAGGGCAUUCUAUGGGUGGCUUGCCUACUGCAGGCAUCUGUCCACCGUGAGGACCCACCUCUCCGCACUCGUCAACCAUACGGUCAUCUGCCCCGCUGCAUCAGCUAACGCAGACUGUGGCCUGACGAGAGAGAUCUGGCAAACAUUCCUGGAGGAUAAAACGAGCUAUGAAGAACAGGAACUCUUGCGUCUCAUUUACUAUGGUGGGAUCAAAAUGGAGAUUCGGAAGGAGGUGUGGCCAUUUCUCCUGGGACACUAUCAAUUUGGGAUGACCGAGGUUGAAAGAAAGGAGGUCGACGAUAAGAUUCGAACCGGCUAUGAGCAGACCAUGGGCGAGUGGAUGGCCUGCGAAGCGAUCGUCCGUCAGCGGGAGAGAGAGUCACAUGCAGCAGCGUUGGCCAAAUGCUCGUCCGCCGUCAGCCUGGACACUCAGAUGCAACGGAUGCUUCACCGAGACUCAACAGUCAGCAACGAGUCUUCACAGAGUUGUGGCUCAGACAGUCAGAACCAUUUGCGCUUGCAGAGUGACUCCAGCACAAGUACACAGGUGUUUGAAUCUGUGGAAGAGGCCGAGGGUGAGCAGCUGGAGAAAGAAGUGGGUACUGAUGGUGACAGACGGGUUGUGCCCAUUCCCAAUGGCACCUGUUCACCAGACUCUGGGCACCCAUCAUCUCGCAAUUUCUCCACAGCAUCUGGCUACUCGGAAUACAGCUUCAGCACAGAGGAGGUGAUGCAGUGCAGUCAGCAAACUAUGGCACAAAGGUGGGGCGGUGGGGUAUACAAAGCAGAGGAAGGAACUCCUCCUCAACAGGAGCUGCAGGACAAAGCACCCUCCCUGGAAGGGCUACUGGAAGUACUCCCUCUGGAUGAAAGAUCCAAAGAAACACAUUUCAUAGCGGAUAGAUCCGAACAUGCAGUUCCAGUGAUGGUACAAUCAGAAGAUGCAACUUCUGUCAAAGAAGAGGGAUCAAUAAAAGUGGCUCCUGUGAUGGAGGGAUCUGAGAAAGUAGUCCCUGUGACAGAGGGAUCUGAGAAAGUAGUUCCUGUGACGGAGGGAUCUGACGAGGCUGUCCCUGCGACGGAGGGAUCUGACGAGGCUGUCCCUGCCAAGGAGGGAUCUGACGAGGCUGUCCCUGCCAAGGAGGGAUCUGACGAGGCUGUCCCUGCGAUGGAGGGAUCUGACGAGGCUGUCCCUGCCAAGGAGGGAUCUGACGAGGCUGUCCCUGCCAAGGAGGGAUCUGACGAGGCUGUCCCUGCCAAGGAGGGAUCUGACGAGGCUGUCCCUGCCAAGGAGGGAUCUGACGAGGCUGUCCCUGCCAAGGAGGGAUCUGACGAGGCUGUCCCUGCGACGGAGGGAUCUGACGAGGCUGUCCCUGCGACGGAGGGAUCUGACGAGGCUGUCCCUGCGACGGAGGGAUCUGACGAGGCUGUCCCUGCGACGGAGGGAUCUGACGAGGCUGUCCCUGCGACGGAGGGAUCUGACGAGGCUGUCCCUGCGACGGAGGGAUCUGACGAGGCUGUCCCUGCGACGGAGGGAUCUGACGAGGCUGUCCCUGCGACGGAGGGAUCUGACGAGGCUGUCCCUGCGACGGAGGGAUCUGAAUUGAUUCCUGUUCCCGGAAGGUCAGGAGAAAUAGUCCGUGUGGUGGAUGGAUCAGAUCCUGACCGUGAAGCAUCGAAAGGUCAUGUUCCUUUGUUUCAAACUGAGGAGAAUAUGACUCCACAAGAGCUCGUGGGACAAGUCUCUCUCCAUGAGAGACAGGAAAUGGAAGGACUUUGUCGGCAGCUGGCAACAACUGAGAGCAACGUUCAUGCUUCUUCGCCAGCCUCCUCUACUGGAGUGACAUAUGCUCAAGAAUUGCUAGACAUGUACACUGUGAACCUACACAGGAUAGAGAAAGAUGUUCAACGCUGUGACCGUAACUACUGGUACUUCACCCCCACUAACCUGGAGAAACUACGCAAUGUCAUGUGCAGUUAUAUUUGGCAGCAUUUAGAGAUAGGAUACGUUCAGGGAAUGUGCGACCUGCUGGCUCCCCUGCUGGUUGUCCUGGAUGAUGAGGCCUUAGCGUUCAGCUGCUUCACCCAGCUGAUGAAGAGGAUGAACCAGAAUUUUCCGCACGGUGGGGCGAUGGACACUCACUUUGCCAACAUGCGUUCUCUCAUCCAGAUCUUGGACUCAGAACUGUUUGAGCUAAUGCACCAGAAUGGGGACUAUACCCACUUUUACUUCUGUUAUCGCUGGUUCCUGCUCGACUUCAAGCGAGAGUUGGUCUACGGUGAUGUGUUUUCAGUCUGGGAGACCAUUUGGGCAGCAAAGUACACUUCAUCCUCUCACUUUGUCCUCUUCAUUGCAUUGGCAUUGGUGGAGCUUUACAGAGAAAUCAUCCUGGAAAAUAACAUGGAUUUCACAGACAUCAUCAAGUUCUUCAAUGAAAUGGCCGAGCAUCACGAUGUGAAGCAGGUGCUGAAGCUGGCACGUGACCUUGUUUACAAAGUGCAGACGCUGAUCGAAAAUAAAUGAAGCUGGGGAGGGGGAGGUGAAGGAGG